CCUUUUAAAAAUUUUCUCUCUUCUUCACUGUUUCUCUGUAACGAACUGUUCACUUUCUAACGCCAUGAGCGCCAGAGCUCUUCUCUACUCUCUAUCCCUCACGCCCAAAGCCCCACCCGAUAUUUCGCUUCGAAAGAAAAAUCCCGGUUCCGAUUCUAAAACCAGGUGCCCGUUUCCUUUCCUGAUUCGGGUCCGGUUCUCCUCCUCCCAAGAACAACGUUACUCUGUCUUUCGGGUCUCGGCACGAAGAAGCUCCGGGAAAGUGUGGGCAGAUGUCAAAUCGGAUACUUGCGGUAUAUCCGACUCGGUUCCGGAUUCCGUGAAGUUUGAGGAGGCUCUGGACGGUGUCGUGCAGGGGGAGGAGGAAAAGUUGGAGAGCUCAGUUUCCUUGCAAGAACAAUUUCCAAAACGAUGGGUCAUUGUCGUUUUGUGUUUCUCGGCGUUCCUACUCUGCAAUAUGGAUAGAGUAAAUAUGAGCAUUGCCAUACUCCCAAUGUCAGCAGAGUACAAUUGGAACCCGACGACAGUUGGUUUGAUACAGUCUUCUUUUUUCUGGGGCUACCUCCUUACUCAGGUUGCUGGUGGCAUAUGGGCAGACACAGUAGGUGGAAAGGCUGUCCUGGGAUUUGGUGUAGUUUGGUGGUCAAUCGCUACGAUUCUCACUCCCAUUGCUGCUAAAAUUGGGUUGCCUUUCCUGCUUGUUGUUCGUGCUUUCAUGGGGAUCGGUGAGGGUGUUGCUAUGCCUGCCAUGAAUAAUAUUUUGUCUAAAUGGAUUCCUGUAGCAGAGAGAAGCAGAUCAUUAGCAUUGGUGUACAGUGGGAUGUACCUUGGAUCAGUCACUGGCCUGGCCUUUUCUCCAUUUUUAAUCCAUCAAUAUGGAUGGCCAUCAGUCUUCUACUCCUUUGGUUCUCUAGGGACAGUUUGGGUUGCUGUGUGGCUAAGUAAGGCACAUAGUUCUCCUCUUGAGGAUCCUGAACUGCGGCCCGAAGAAAAAAAGCUGAUCCUUAGCAACAGUGUUUCCAACGAACCUGUUAAAACCAUACCUUGGAAACUAAUUUUGUCAAAAGCACCUGUAUGGGCCCUAAUAGUCUGUCACUUCUGUCACAAUUGGGGUACAUUUAUUCUUCUAACAUGGAUGCCAACGUACUAUAACCAAGUCCUGAAGUUUGAUCUUACAGAAUCCGGGCUUUUUUGUGUUUUGCCUUGGCUUACAAUGGCAUUUUCUGCAAAUCUUGGAGGGUGGAUUGCAGAUACACUUGUUAGCAGAGGUUUAUCUGUGACAACGGUUCGCAAGAUCAUGCAAACAAUUGGAUUUCUUGGUCCUGCAUUCUUCCUAACUCAGUUGAGCCAUGUGAAUUCUCCACAAAUGGCUGUUUUUUGCAUGGCGUGCAGCCAGGGUACUGAUGCAUUCUCACAGUCUGGUCUAUAUUCAAACCACCAAGAUAUUGCCCCUCGAUAUUCUGGUGUUUUGCUUGGUCUAUCCAAUACUGCUGGGGUACUGGCAGGUGUUUUCGGAACAGCAGCAACAGGCUACAUCUUGCAACAUGGUUCAUGGGACGAUGUUUUCAAGGUCGCUGUUGGGCUUUACUUGUUUGGCACUGUAGUUUGGAACCUUUUCUCAACUGGGGAGAAGAUAUUGGAUUAACUAAGAUAUUUGAUCCUUCAUAUGCGGCACUUCAAGCCUGAGCUAAUAAUAUAGAAGAGUUCAACUGUAAGGAAUGUUGGAAAGAGGGAAAAGAGAGAUCAAAUUUGAGGAGAGCAAGAUCAUUUUAAUGGUAUUCUUAUGCUUGAAGAUCUGCAGAAUUCUUUUCCACAUGCAUGGGGCAUGGAGCUUGAGUUUAGCAGAGUGAAUGCCCCAUCUCCUGAACACUUCGAUGCCAUCUAUCUGAACAGAGAAAGGAUACACACAUAAAAUAACCCCCUGUAAAUGUUGUAUUCAAAAUUAAACACACACCAAUUUUGUGAUUAUGUUGCACACAUAAUUUCAAUAAUACUGUUUCACCAAUCUUUUCUUGGGCA